AUGGAGUCAGGUGAUGAGUAUGCCACAGAAAGUGAUAGUGAAAGUGACACCGAUUGGAUCAGUGAGCUGCCUGGAAACAUCCUCCAGAAAAUCCUGUCCCGCGUGAGGAUUAGAGCUGUUGUGCGGAUGCGCAGGCUGUCUAGGAAGUGGAGGAAACAGUGUGAAAGCGUGCAGUUCAUACACCUUGAUUACAGAGAUUUUCAGCAUUGGAAGUACGAGAAGUUUGCUCGUUUUGUUAACAACCUAUUGCUCAUCCGUCGUAAAGUAGACUUGCAUACAUUCCAGCUGCAUUGGGAUCCUCAUGCUCCCCUCAACUGCAAUGAUGUCAGAAUGUGGAUUGGCUACGCGCUGAAGCAUAAUGUUAAAGUGCUUGAUGUAAAACUUAUUCUCUAUGAUAAGACUGAUUUGCCUCCUGGCAUUUUCACCUGCCGCUCACUUCAGGAGCUAAACUUGCAGUUGGGUGAAGCUCCCUAUCGAGAUUACGAACAUACGCAACUUGUACUGCCUGACAUAAUCAAGCUUCCUUCUCUCAAAAGAUUGACACUACACGAUGUCGAAGUGGAUGAACUUGCUCUGAACAGUUUCAUUGCCCGGAGCCCUGGCCUAGAAGACUUGAAUUUGAUAAAUUCUGCCAUGCAUGUUGAUCGCAUAGCCUCAAAAGCGCUAAAAAGGCUAACUCUUGAUGGCUUCUUACAUGGAUGCAAUGGAUUCACAGUUUCUGCCCCUUAUCUCAUUAGCUUUGAGUGCACUGGUUGUUCACUGAAAAAUAUUUCCUGGAGAGACAAGCCAUCCUUAGAGAGAGCACGCAUACAUACUUGUGGGAGUACAUUUGGUGGUGAAUCUAGGUUUACAGAAGUUCUUGUGCACGCCAAAGAACUUGCAUUAUUUGGUUCUGACAUAAAGGUUAUGUUGGAAAAGGAGCUGCCAACAUGUUCAGUGUUUGAAAGCCUUACAACCCUUGAGAUUGGCGGCUGGUAUUUAAUCGAGGACUUGUCCGUUGUGCUUCACUUCCUCCAGCUUUCACCAAGACUAGAAAAACUCACUUUGAUGCAUAGAUCGCAGCACAAAGGAGCAGAUACAGAUGGUAUGUCAAUUGACGGGAUGGCCUUCCGGUGCCCAUUCCUUGAAAAUGUCAUAAUACAAUGUUCAAAGGAUGAUGAUGGAAUUGAUAAGCUGGUGAAUGUUCUGGUAGUGAAUGGGAUUAGUGCAGACAAGAUAAGUAUUACUUUCUACGAAGAUAUUAAAAAUAAGGAACAUGUGGAGAGGAGACGUGCUGAUGAGGAAAGAUUGAAGGAGCUGUUCAUCUUCGAGAAGAUGGCGAAGAAAAAUCGAGAAUGGAUAGAUGAGGAUCGUUACGCAGUGAGUGAGCCUGAUAGCGACCAGAAUGAUGCUUACAGUGACGAAUAUGAUGAGGAUGACUUUUGAGCGAGUAUGGCUUUCAUGGCGAUGAGUUUGAGCGUUUGUUGUAUUCUAAAGAUCUUCAGGGUGGGUUACUGUUUACCCAACCAACAUUCCUCCUUCCGUUCUGCAUGAGACAUCCAUCUCUUG